AUGAUUUUCGACAUGCCAUAUGACAUUCUCCUUCUGAUUAUCGGUGAGCUUCCCGUGAGGGAUCUUAAGAACCUUGCCCUCUCCUCAAAGGCGGCUUACCGUCUGCUAUUCCCCGAGCUGUUUAAGCACUUUGCGGUAGAGGCGGGCGAGAGGCCAUUCUUGACCAUCCCGACGGAGUCAUUCUCCAAAUCCUACUUUCUAGAUAACGGGGAAAGACGAGUUUUUAACCCACUGGACUACGUGAGGCACUUUGGUGUUGGAGCCCCAAUCAGAGAGUUCCUGGCAGACAGAUGCUUCCUGGAGGAGGGACAUCUUCUUCAGGAUUCGGCGUCCGAAAUCGACGAAGACGAUCUCCAAUACAUGGAGAUCCAUGAACGGCUGAUGUUCCGGUUAUCGAAGCUGGGGGAGUUUCUGCAUCCUAGCAUUCCAGAUCAGAGUCUCCAAAGCUUUCGCUGGUCGUUUGGGUGCUGCAUUCCCCAGGCCUUUCUGGGCUCGUCGGGAUAUUUGCCCGUAUGCCAAAAUCGGAUAACGUCUCUAACCCUAGUCCUGGACGGUUCGUGUGUGCAUGCUGAUUCCCUAGCCGGGAUGCCUGGGCUUCGUCAACUGAGACACCUGGCAUGGUCCGGCAUUGGCUCCAAUGACUACAACAUCCUUCGUGAUGUUCUUUGCGUGAAUGCGCAUCAUCUCGAAUCUUUGGAUCUGAGCUUUAGGGAAUGCUUUGAUGGUGCCGGAAAUGACAGAGAUACCGUACUCGACCGGACAGGUCUCUUUGCUCCACGAACGCUCCAUCCGGCUCAAUCGCUCUCCUCGUUUCAGCUUCAAUCUCUGAAGCACCUAACCCUGCACAAUGUUUCUAUGAGGCGGGCGUAUUUGGUGCUUCUGCCCAGCUUCAGUCCCGAGAAGCUGCGGUCGUUGAAGAUUCGUGACUGUCGGCAUUCGCCGAACUUCCUAACUGGCAUCAUGGUGAAUAGAAUCAGACUCCGGCUACACACCUUCGAGUUUGUCUGCGAGAAUAAUCACGCUCCUCUCCUGGACCAUCACCACGUGGACCUAGAAGACGAAGAUAGUGACGAUGAAGAGUUUGGGAUUGGUGAUGCGGCAGACGAAGAGCUCGAAGACAACGAGGAACAAAUCGAAGAUUCGCCAUUGAACGAAGCCGUCGUGUUGUCUCGAUUUUUAGAAUCCUUUGGCGGCCUCGUUCGUCUCAGCAUCUAUGUUCGAUUCAUGGAGGGAAUCGUCAGCGCGAGCGCAAUCGCUCAACACCGGUCGACAUUGCGAUGGUAUUCAUACCAUCCGAGAUCUAGCUCUACGCCCAGUACGCACAUGUUCGAUUUCUACUCUGAUAAGGAAGAUCUCCGUGGUGUCCUCGAGGUAUUCAAUCUGGAGGCAUUGGGUGCCUGCAUCGAUCCGGAUGUGAUGAGGUGCCAGUUAUGGCCCAUGGCUCCUUCGAAGAGGCUCAAACUUCUGCAUUUCCGAAUCACCGGCCGCGAGUAUAUCCCUCGUAACCUCGUCGGAGAAUUCGUCCGAGCCGGAUAUCCGGACGAAGAGGUCCCUGCGUCCAUGAGAAACGAUCGGCGGAUGGAUGUUUUUGAGAAUUCCAGUUAUCGCCCAUUGGCAGACCAUCGUUUUAUGGAUAUGGAGGAACUCUUCGAGUUCGCCGUCUGGGCUUUCGGGUCUGAUGGCCUGCCAAACCUGAAGAUUCUCGCCUUCGGUGAUUUCUCACACAAAGGGAGGUACGGUUGGACGCAGCUGCUUCUAUGCCGGCGUGAGGGUGGAGAUAACGCUCACAGUCACCACGUCGACGCCGGUGGUGUCAAUGUGGAUGUCAGAACGGAAUCCAAUUCAUCUUCCCAGCCCGAAUACCUCCCCUUCCGCAUCAUGCGGGCCCAGGACGAGCCUGUCUGGAAUGACAUCGCCGAUGGGAAAGAGUUUCUUCAGGUUUGCCCGGAGCCUACGCUGGAUGAAAUCGAUCUCAAUGAUCUCCUGUCGAACGUGGGCCCCAACAACGAUCCCUUCAUCGGCGCCAUUGGCGACGAGUUGAAUCUCGGUACUCCGAUUUUCGACUUCGACUCUGACUCCGACAUGGCCCAGUCGCUUAACGAAGAUCAUUCCAUGGACUCGGGCGUUGAGGCAGCGAACGAUCUCGAAAGUGAAAGUGGAAGUGAUAGCAACGGCGAGGAAGAUAUGCGGAGCGACUCUGAUAUUUCUCUGCCGGAUGCUAACGUCGAUGAUGCCAUGAGUUCGAGCUCGAUCGACUAG